AUGUAUAAUCUAAGAAGGAGAACAAAACUCUUGCUCUCUGUGCUCCCUACUUCAGCUCUCCUCCUAAUCCUUCUCUUUUCAAAUACCCAUUUGAGAAAUUCAAACUCAAACACCCCCAAAACACACGUCCACAACCGCAUUCAAUUAGCAGCCCACUCGGCAUGCCAAGACACACUCUACAAAGACCUCUGCGUCUUCACCCUCUCCACCUUCCCAGAUCUCACCACCAAAUCAGUCCCACAGAUCAUAUCCUACACCGUCUCCCACACCGUCUCGGAGGUCCAAGCCUCCUCCUCCAACUGCACCGGCAUUAUCAAAAAACAGUUCAAGAAGCUCGACGCUCUUCAGGAAAUAGCUCUCGACGACUGCCUCGAGCUCUUCGACGACACCAUUGCCGAGCUCAAAGCUGUCAUCUCUGACCUCUCCAUCAAGAAGCUCAGCUCCAACCGCUACUACGACUUGAAGACCUUGCUCAGCGGCGCAAUGACCAACCAGUACACGUGCCUUGAUGGGUUUAACGACACUGGAAUUGUGAGGCAGGAAAUUCAAAGCAGAUUGCAGACCAUCUCUCAGCACGUGAGCAAUGCCCUGGUCAUGCUCAAGAAGAUUCCCGGAGCUCUUAAGUACGAGAACUCUAAGUCGGAGAUGUUCCCUGAGUUUGGACCCAUGAAAAAUGGGUUCCCUACUUGGGUUUCAUCGAAAGAUCGAAAGCUCUUGCAGUCCGUGGCGAAUGGGACAAAAUACGAUUUGGUGGUGGCCAAGGACGGCACUGGAAACUUCACUACUAUCAGCGAGGCUGUAGCUGUGGCUCCAAAUUCAAGUGCGACCAGGUUUGUGAUAUACAUAAAAAGCGGGGCAUAUUUUGAGAAUGUGGAGGUUGUGAGGAAGAAGACGAACUUGAUGCUCUUGGGUGAUGGGAUUGGAAAGACGGUUGUGAAAGCCAGUAGGAAUGUGGUGGAUGGCUGGACUACUUUCCGAUCAGCCACAGUCGCUGUUGUGGGAGACGGGUUCAUAGCCCAAGGCAUUACGUUUGAGAACGCAGCAGGCCCAAGCAAACACCAAGCGGUAGCCUUUAGGAGCGGCUCUGAUUUCUCUGCAUUCUACAAGUGCAGCUUCGUGGGCUACCAAGACACCCUCUACGUUCAUUCCCUCCGCCAAUUCUACCGCGAAUGCGACAUCUACGGCACCGUCGAUUUCAUCUUCGGCAACGCCGCCGUCGUCCUCCAGAACUGCAACCUCUACGCGCGCAAACCAAACGAAAACCAGAAGAACAUGUUCACGGCCCAAGGCCGUGAGGACCCCAACCAGAACACUGGCAUUUCCAUCUUGAACUGCAAAGUCACAGCCGCUUCUGAUCUGGUCCCGGUAAAGUCAAAGUUCAAAACGUAUCUGGGCCGUCCGUGGAAAGAGUAUUCUAGGACGGUUUACAUGAAAUCAUACAUUGAUGAUUUGGUGGAGCCCGCUGGUUGGCUGGAGUGGAAUGGCACGUUUGCAUUGAGUACGUUGUAUUAUGGGGAGUAUUCGAACCGAGGACCCGGUUCGAAUACAAGUGCGAGGGUGACGUGGCCGGGUUACCGGGUCAUCAACAGCUCAGCUGAGGCGAAUCAGUUUACGGUUGUGCCGUUUAUACAAGGAAAUGAGUGGCUCAAUUCUACCAAUAUUCCCUACUUUAUUGGUUUGACUCCUUGA